AUGGCAAUUGGAAAAGAGAAAAACAGCAAGAAUAUACCAUUCUUUAUUGGGUCAGCAGCUGUAACAGAAGCUGAAGCACCACUCACCAACGCAAGCCAUGGGGAGAACAGCAGCAGUAGCAGUAUUUGCCGUCUUGGCAGUGAACAGUGCAGCAGCAUUGGGCGUGCACACCCCUGCGUGUUGCAGGUGGUGGUGCUGGUGAAGCAGUUGCUGGAAGAGACGCAGGAGGUGGCGGAGUUGGCAGGGAAGGUGCCCGAGAGGAAGUUGUUGGAGAGGACGAUUGCCUUGAGCGAUGCUGACACCGGUGGCACGCGCACUGCCAGGUUGGUGAGGGACUCACAGCACUGCCAGGUUGGUGAGGGACUCACAGCACUGCCAGGUUGGUGGGGGACUCACAGCACUGCCAGGUUGGUGGGGGACUCACAGCACUGCCAGGUUGGUGAGGGACUCACAGCACUGCCAGGUUGGUUGGUGAGGGACUCACAGCACUGCCAGGUUGGUGAGGGACUCACAGCACUGCCAGGUUGGUGGGGGACUCACAGCACUGCCAGGUUGGUGAGGGACUCACAGCACUGCCAGGUUGGUGAGGGACUCACAGCACUGCCAGGUUGCACUGCCAGGUUGGUGGGGGACUCACAGCACCGCCAGGUUGGUGGGGGACUCACAGCACUGCCAGGUUGGUGGGGGACUCACAGCACUGCCAGGUUGGUGAGGGACUCACAGCACUGCCAGGUUGGUGAGGGACUCACAGCACUGCCAGGUUGCACUGCCAGGUUGGUGAGGGACUCACAGCACUGCCAGGUUGGUGAGGGACUCACAGCACUGCCAGGUUGGUGGGGGACUCACAGCACUGCCAGGUUGGUGAGGGACUCACAGCACUGCCAGGUUGGUGAGGGACUCACAGCACUGCCAGGUUGCACUGCCAGGUUGGUGAGGGACUCACAGCACUGCCAGGUUGGUGGGGGACUCACAGCACUGCCAGGUUGGUGGGGGACUCACAGCACUGCCAGGUUGGUGAGGGACUCACAGCACUGCCAGGAUGGUGAGGGACUCACAGCACUGCCAGGUUGCACUGCCAGGUUGGUGGGGGACUCACAGCACUGCCAGGUUGGUGAGGGACUCACAGCACUGCCAGGUUGGUGGGGGACUCACAGCACUGCCAGGUUGGUGAGGGACUCACAGCACUGCCAGGUUGGUGGGGGACUCACAGCACUGCCAGGUUGCACUGCCAGGUUGGUGGGGGACUCACAGCACUGCCAGGUUGGUGGGGGACUCACAGCACUGCCAGGUUGCACUGCCAGGUUGGUGAGGGACUCACAGCACUGCCAGGUUGGUGAGGGACUCACAGCACUGCCAGGUUGGUGGGGGACUCACAGCACUGCCAGGUUGGUGAGGGACUCACAGCACUGCCAGGUUGGUGAGGGACUCACAGCACUGCCAGGUUGCACUGCCAGGUUGGUGAGGGACUCACAGCACUGCCAGGUUGGUGAGGGACUCACAGCACUGCCAGGUUGCACUGCCAGGUUGGUGAGGGACUCACAGCACUGCCAGGUUGGUGGGGGACUCACAGCACUGCCAGGUUGGUGGGGGACUCACAGCACUGCCAGGUUGGUGAGGGACUCACAGCACUGCCAGGUUGGUGAGGGACUCACAGCACUGCCAGGUUGCACUGCCAGGUUGGUGAGGGACUCACAGCACUGCCAGGUUGGUGAGGGACUCACAGCACUGCCAGGUUGGUGGGGGACUCACAGCACUGCCAGGUUGGUGAGGGACUCACAGCACUGCCAGGUUGGUGGGGGACUCACAGCACUGCGAGGUUGCACUGCCAGCUUGGUGAGGGACUCACAGCACUGCCAGGUUGGUGGGGGACUCACAGCACUGCCAGGUUGGUGGGGGACUCACAGCACUGCCAGGUUGGUGGGGGACUCACAGCACUGCCAGGUUGGUGAGGGACUCACAGCACUGCCAGGUUGCACUGCCAGGUUGGUGAGGGACUCACAGCACUGCCAGGUUGGUGGGGGACUCACAGCACUGCCAGGUUGCACUGCCAGGUUGGUGAGGGACUCACAGCACUGCCAGGUUGGUGGGGGACUCACAGCACUGCCAGGUUGGUGGGGGACUCACAGCACUGCCAGGUUGGUGAGGGACUCACAGCACUGCCAGGUUGGUGAGGGACUCACAGCACUGCCAGGUUGCACUGCCAGGUUGGUGAGGGACUCACAGCACUGCCAGGUUGGUGAGGGACUCACAGCACUGCCAGGUUGGUGGGGGACUCACAGCACUGCCAGGUUGGUGGGGGACUCACAGCACUGCCAGGUUGGUGAGGGACUCACAGCACUGCCAGGUUGGUGGGGGACUCACAGCACUGCCAGGUUGGUGAGGGACUCACAGCACUGCCAGGUUGGUGGGGGACUCACAGCACUGCCAGGUUGGCUCCCACUCGCCACAGUGCCACCUGUCCCUGCCAGCGUGCAGACAGCGUUUGCCGCCCACCCUGUGUGCGUCACUCCCAAGGCUGUCUUGAUGCUCAACAGCGCUGCCACUGUGGGUGGGGAAGGGAGAGGGAGGGAUGAUGAAAAGGAGUUGACGGGUACAGCUGGCAGCAAGGAGCACGCCAAAGGGAGCGCAGGGGUAUUGGGGCUGUUGAUCAAGGAGAGGGAUGCGAGGGAUUCAGAUGUGGGCUGGCAGGUGGACGCACCACCGCCGCCACACAACACCCCCGUGCCAUCGGCACUGCUGCAGAUACUGCACGUGGCUCUCUGA